AUGGAGAAAUGCAUUAAUCUAGCAAAUAAUACGGCAACUGAAAACUCAAAGAAUAAUGAAUGGAAAACCGUUAUCAACAAGAAGAAUAAACCAAAACAAUCCACAAAUAAAAAUAUAAUUUAUGGGAAAAAUUCAAACAUACAAGGUGUACCAAAACUUGCUCAUCUUCAUGUGUACAGAAUUGAUCCAAAGACAACACCAAAUGAACUUACUGAUAUGUUAAAGAAGAAUAUUCCUGAGGUGAAAUGUGAAUCUCUGACUCAAAAGUACCCAGAACUAUAUUCGUCCUUUAAAGUCAGCUUCUAUGAAGACAAUUUUAGUAAAGCUAUGGACCCGGAAUUAUGGCCUUUUUGUGCAUGCAUUAACCGUUUUUUUCAUGUGCGCCCGAAGGCGGUGAGUCCGGUAAAACAUGGUUUAGAAGAAUUAAAAAAGAGUGAUGAUAAAGUGUUUAUUAGUUUAUCAUAUACACCAAAAGCAGUUACCCUUAAGAAAAAAUUUGGCAACCUUCCAAUUAAAUUAAUGAGGGUAAAGAUUGAAAAUGAGCAGGAAUUCAAAAUUUUGGAAAAAGUUGUAAGGAGGGGGCGUUUCAAUUUGGUUGAUAAAGAUCCUGAUGGAGAUCUUAAUCGUUUGGAGGCUGGUCCCUCAUCCUCUAAGAAACAAAAGUAUAUACCUCCUCCACCUCCUCCUCCAGCAAUGAUUGAAGAAUUUACUGAAGAAAAUGAUCAUUUUACUCAAUCUCAAAGAUGGGUUUAA